AUCAGCGCGGGGUAUUCGGUGUUCGGUGUGGCUUCGGGUUUCUAGCCUGAGUUGAACUCCCGUUACGAGAGUCAGGAGACAAUCGGAUGGUUGUGCACACACUUGGAGUUGAAAUGCGUCGGUGCUUGUUUUGCCUCUUGCCAGUUCUAUUGCUGCUAGGGACUGUAUCAGGCCAGGAUUCUGACCGCAAAAUUGUAGCUCUGGAGCAGCAGGUGGCAAACUUGACUGAGAUGGUGAAUCUCAUAAAUGCAGAGUUGAAUCAUCACAAAACAAGAAUUGCUUUUCUGGAGGAGUGUGAGUGUCUUCGAAAGUGUGUAUAUGAAGGAAUCGAGAGGCGUCACAACAGUACUUGGUUACAAGACAUUUGCACUUCUUGCUCUUGUCAGGAUGGCCGUGUGAUAUGCACACCAUUAGUGGACAAUCCUCGGUGUUUAGAAGGAUGCGUGGUGAAUAACACACUCUAUGACAACAACGAGACCUUUGAACGAGACCCCUGUACUACUUGUGUCUGUAAAGCCGGUGAAGUAAAGUGUAACACGUCACAGUGUCCAAUAUUGCCAUGUCUUAAGAAUGUCACUUUAACUGGUCAAUGUUGCCCUCAGUGCCUUUCAUGUAGAGACAGAGGCAGGGUAAUAUCGUAUGGACGAGUUUACAGACCAGAUGCUUGCACACAAUGCAUUUGUGGAGACAAUGCACCAUUAUCAACAUGCACAGUUCAGUCUUGUCCAAAUGUCAGUUGUAUUGGCACUCCAAUCGUGUCACGCAGAGAGUGCUGUCCUGUUUGUAAAGAUUGUCCACCUCAUGGUAAUGGAGAGGCUUGGGUAGUUGAUGAAUGUACUAACUGCACAUGUGAGCAAGGAGAAGAAACUUGUGUCAACGAAACUUGUCCAUUUUUGAAUUGCAGCCAUUCAGUUACUAUAGAAGGACGCUGCUGUUUAAGCUGUGAAGCAGGCACGUUGCUAAGUGUUUUUGUUGUGUUGAGUUUCGCAUUGUCAUAG